UUUUUUUAUUGUCCAUUGUGUACAUUUAUGUACAUUGUAUGUAUAUAUAUUUAUUAUAAAUUUUUAAAAGUAAAAUUCCAAUUUGUGUAACAUUAUUGUCAAUACUGGUAGUAAAAUUGGAAAAGACGAAGUCUAUAUUUAAAUAUAUGUAAAAGUGAUCAAAUAAUUUUGAAACUUAUAAUGAUGUGUUUUCACGGUUGUAAGAGGAUCAAAGGUCACGAUGAAAUAUAAUAACAUGUGUACUUUGCUUGGGAUUGCCUAUUCUGUUAUAAGAAGUUCAACAACAAGAGUGUAUCUGUUAUAUUCCAUCAAAUAACAGUUUCACACAUAUUUUCUGGAGUUAAUAAUUAAAAAUGAACAAUCGAAUUAUUAUUAUAAUUCUCGUUAGCUCGGGACUUGUCGCUUUUUGCCAAACGCAAGAUCUUUCGGCGUAUUUAAGUGAUAAACAUUUAAUCGAGAAGGAACUUAGGUGCUUAUUGCAGACAGCGGAAUGCGAUGGAUUUGGAAAACAAUUAAAAAGUAUACUACCCGUUGUACUCAGGAACAAUUGUGGCCGUUGCACUUCGCAGCAGAAAUUGAAUCUAUUAAAGUUGAUACAAUUUCUACAAUCGCGAUAUCCCACGGAAUGGCGCACGAUCAGAAGAAUGUACACUUAAUCGAUUCAUUUUAAUGAAAAAAAUAGCAAAAACUUGAGUAACCUAUUUAUGUUUCUUCAAAAAUAUUUUUUAUCGUGACACUUUUCUUGAUUUAUGAAGAAAAA